UCCGUCUGUCCGUCCGCCCGUGCCUGUACAUCCAUCAUCCUCCCCUUACCACGCCUUUCUCGCCCUGCAUCCACCCUCCGCUUUCGCUUGGUCGUACACUUUACUCUCCAUCUAUGCCAGCGCUCGACGGUCCUCGUCAUCCUAGCAGCAGCCACGGCAGUAGCGGUGCCAGAGGGCCACUUGAGCAGUCGUCUUCAACCAACACAACACAGAGGGGUCCCUCCAGUGGCUUCCGUGUGCCGAGCAAGCUUAUGCAAACCAACUCGCGCUCGGUCAGCGCAGCAGUAGCCUCAUCGUCCCUCAGGAGAGACGAGAACAGUAUUCAUGGUAAUGGAGGCGACUAUGACGAUGACGAGGAUGAGCUCGGGGCGGUGCCGCGUAAACCCAGCUCGGCUCCAAAGGCUCGACGCUCUCUAGGCGGUAGCAGCAGCAGCAGGCUCGCCUCCAGCAAUCACCAAGGCCAGAGAAGCUCGUCAAGAGCCGAUGGUCUCUAUGCUCACCCAUCGUCAGACGCUUCGGGCCCCUCUUAUCCCUCUAGUGGGCCUGGCGCUGCUGGGGCCGCGUCCACCUCUCGCACGGCCUCUUCAUCCCAUACAAAUCGGAGUGGAAUGAGCGCCUUAGCCAGGGCUAACGCAAAUGCAAGAAGGAUCAGCGUAGGGCCAUCCGGUCUGCUGGGAGGGGCAGGACCGCCAGGACAGCUCGAAGCAGUGAAGAAGCUGAACGUUGAUAGCACCAGCUUCGACGAGUGGAUGAAGAUGGCGACAGACAAUAAAAUCAACCCUACAAACACGUUCUCCAUCGCCCUCAUCGACUACUUCCACGACAUGUCCCUCCUUCGAUCCGACUCCGGCGAUGGGUCUAUCAAUUUCCAGAAGGCUUCCUGUACUCUCGAUGGCUGUGUCAAGGUAUGGACGAGCCGAGUUGACAGCGUCGUCACCGAGACUGGAAAGCUGCUCAACGGUCUAGUUGGCGACGGCCGUGGAGCAGUGGAUGACGGGGAGGACGGCAGCGGGGAGCUGGAGCUCGAUGAGGAUGGCAACCCUAUCGGGCCCCGUGGCAAGAAAGACAAGAAAAAGCGCGCUCGAGCGAAAGAGGCUACCCUUGUCAAGAACUUCUCUGCCAUUGCCGUCAAAAAGCUGGACCUGGAGUACACUGUCGAUCCGCUGUUCAAGAAGACCAGCGCAGACUUUGACGAGGGCGGCGCGGGAGGCCUGUUGAUGAAUCAUCUAGGAGUCGAUGAUGGCAUGAGGGUCGUCUUCGACGCUGGAGAAGCGCCCGGACUGCCGACAGACGACGAGUCCAAGGAGGCCGAUGACGAGGAGGACGAGGCUGUCGAAGAGAGCGAUGCAGCGCCUCAAGCUGUCGAUCAGGUUGACCUCACAAGGCUCAUCGGUAAGCUCUUCGGAGACGAUUCUGCCACUGUCCUGAAGGACUCCUUCGAUCCACUCGCCGACCUGCUUCAAGGAAGGAUGGUUUGCCCAUCACUCUCUCGCUUCUCCUUUGGGCCGGAUCAAGAGCACGCCCUCUUUGGACAGGAAGCCGAUGAUUCCGACGAGGAUGAUGACGCUCAUGCUGGCGGCAUCUACCUCAAUCCGACAGUCACUGCAACACCUUGGGGAGGCGAUGAGGGGGCAGUACAAGACUUUGGCUUUGGCUCUCCAGGUGGCUUCGAGGGAGAGGAUGACGAUGGUAGCGGCGCGGAUCUCUUUGGCGUACCGGCUGAGCUUGAUCGCGACGCAGAGGUAUUUGGGCUACCGGCAGAGGGUCCAUCCUCCUUCAACCACCAUUCUUCCCAAUACACGCAACAGCAGAACCAAGGUGCAGGCGACGACGACUUUGACUUCCUCGAUGGUGGUGAGGGCCCGCCUAGCCUGCAAGGUGAAGACGGAGAGGAGAACGUCCACUGGGAUCCCAGACAGGGUCCAUCGCAACAUGACCUCCUUCUUGCCUUCAAGGGUGUAUCGGGCAACAACGACGAAGGACAAGACGGGGCAAGCGGAGGAGCUCAGGCUGCAGGUGGGCUAUUCGAUUACUUCGAUCAGAAGCUGAUGAAGAGCUGGGCCGGGCCUGAGCACUGGAAGAUGAGGUCGAGGCUUGCAGGCUUCGGCGGCUUCCAAAGUGCCCAACAUCAAGCGGGCAACGGCGAAGCAGGCGAGGGCGAAGAUCCAGGAUCCUCGAAAAAGAAGCGCGCUCCAAAGGAGGCAUUUGUGAUCGACUUCACUUCUGAAGAGGGCGCAGUUUCAGCAAAGGAGCUGUUCGAAGCUCCAAGAUCUAGCGCUACCACCGUCUUGCCCAAGACAAGAAGCAAACCAGAAGCUUUCCUGCUGCCAGAAGACCGGCACUUCAGCUCCCGGAUGCUACUGAGGCUGUUCAGCAAGCCUCGAGCUGUACUCAACAUUCGGACCCGCAAGGGCGCUGUACGCUUUGGGGGUCCAAAUCUCCCCGGCUUUGCCGGUUCUGGAGAAGGAGAAGUCGACGGGGAGUUCUGGGCGCAGCAACAAGCCGCAAGAGAAGCAGACGGCUUCGACUUCAUGGGCGGCGAUGGUGACAAUGGCGAAGGUGCUAUGCCCCUGGAUACCCAAUUCUACCACGAUGGAGAUGACGAAGGGGCGUUUGAGCUCGCCUCCUCAAUGCCUCAGCAGACAAACCCAAAUUCGGCGAUCGAUGUCGACGUUGCCGACUUUGAGGAGGCAGAUCUGGCUGCUCAAGCUGCUGCAAUGAAGCGAGUGAAGCCCGAGUAUGUCAACUAUGCCAAGAAGGCAAAGAGGGUCGACGUCAGGAAGCUGAAGGAAAACAUCUGGAAGGAGCUCGGAAUCGAAGGUAUCGUGGCGACAGAAGAAGGUCGCGCUGAGGAGAGCGAAGAUGAGGAUCUCGAUGUACCACGUACGCCCCGGUCUUCUCCGCCUCCUUCAGCCAUGUCUGCUCUCCAACCCAAGACUUUCCGCUCCGUCCUCUCAGGUCUACGCAAGGCAUACCCGAAGGAGAAGAUGGAAGAGAUCAGUACCUCCUUCUGCUUCAUCUGUCUUCUGCACCUGGCCAAUGAGGAAGGUCUCGAGAUCAAGAUUGGAGAGCAGGCUAGCGGGAAUGCCUUUUCUUCUCGAAAACUCAAUGGUGCUUUCAAGACACCAGGACGUAUCAUUGAAGAAGACGAAGAGGAUGAGGAUGAGGACGGAGAAGGAGGGGAUGGAGCCGAGGGCGAGGACGAUGAUGAAGACUGGACUUCUUUGCCCGUGGGAAGGCUGGAGUACCUGCGGAUCAAGAAGGAUCCCAAUGCCGGACGAAGCGCAUGAGCGACUCGUCUUCCAUGUUGCUACUGCUCUGUCCGCUCUGCUCUCUGCUCUUGUUAUUGUAUCGACAGGUUGCUUU